UGCACAAAGUACAUAUACCAAAUGCGAUUAUAAUGCCGUCUCGGCAUAGUCAGUCAGUCGGUUAUCGAGUUUCCAGCUGUCGAGUAAAAGCGAGCGGAAUAAAGAACCUACCGUGUCUGAGGAAGCUAGUCUUGGAAGCUCCCGACUACAAUGGAAAAGGCCUCCACGUGCUGGAGAAACUACAGCAUCUAGAGAUAUCUUACUUUUGCGAUUUAGAUGCCAAAUACAUAAUCGAAUGCUGCAUCAGGAUGAAAAAUCUGCACUUUCUUAAAAUUGGAAUGAACACCAUAAACCUGAGCAACGAAAACUUAUCCGCGAUUGUCGCGAACUGCCGGAACUUGGAAACGCUUGGGUUCACCGAUAACGAACUUCUCGAUAAUGUGGCAUACGAAAGGGUUUGUGAGCUCCCUCGCCUGAAGCACCUAAUAAUUUCCUUUCCGCGUCUAGGACCGUGUUUCAUCGAGGGACUUGUACGUAGGACUGGCACUCCUUUAGAGAGCCUUAUUCUGUAUAACUCGUAUUUGUGUAAGGAGCAUAUAGAGCAUAUCUGUGAUAUUUCUUCCCUCAGAGAACUCGGGCUAAGCAGCUGGAACGUUAAUUUCAAUGUGGAAGACUUUACGAAACUAAAAUCUCUUGAAUACCUACAUCUGGAAAUACGAGGCAUUACUAAUAAGCAGUUGUUGGAACUGCUGCUCGGAUGCCCACGCCUACGGGUCUUGCAUGUGUACAAUUGUUGGAAUAUUAAUUCCGAUUUCAUUUCUUUACUAAAUCGCUCUGCGAAGAAGCUUAAGGAAAUCAAUCGUGGCAAAAUUUCAAUAUAUUUAGGUGAAUCUUCUGUGGAUUGGGAAGGAAACUCCAGCUUUAAAAUUGAGAACAUACACAUCAAAAAAGGCCAUUUAAAAUCUCCUAUUUUUUAUUAUAAAAAUUGAGGAGCUCAAAAUUCAAUAACAAACAUUCCGACGCCGAUAGCUUUUAAUAUAAUUCAGGAUUACUUCAUUCAUACCUGUAGCCAGCCCAACUCACAGUGAAAUAUUUAAGAAGUACAAACAAACAUUAAAUUACGCAUUAAAAUCAUGUUUUUUUUUUUUAUGCCAAGACCUUAGAAACUCCCAGACACUUCCCGAAAGCAAGACACAAGCUCUUGGCAGAGAAAAUUCAAUUCAAUUCAAGGGACCGGGACCGGGACCAGGCCAUGGCAGAAACGGAAACUUGA